CCGCCGCCCCAGCCGGGAGAGUCGGGCCGAGCGCAGGGGCCCCGGGGGGGCCCGCCCCCUCCUCCUCCUCCUCCUCUCACCCACCCACCCACAGCCCCGCGAGGCCGCUCAGUGGCCGGGCCGGGGGAGCCGAUGAUGGGAGCAGCGCCCCGACAUCGCCGGGCCCGGCGGCGGCGGCGGCAGAGGCACCAGCAGCGGCAGCGGCGGCGGCUUAGCCCACCACAGGGAGCGCGCGGAGUCUGGACGGAGGACCGUCUGCAGGCAACUUCCAGCUUGGCAAGUCAACCCCAUGUUUCCAUUCCUGAGUCAGUGGUCUUUCCCCCCAUCUCCAUGGAUAUUGCCUGGUAUGUUCCGUGCAAACCUGGCUCUCCAGAGCUCUAAAAGGUGGGGUGCCUGAUGCCUGUAAUCCCCAUUCCACGACGGGUCCGCUCUUUCCAUGGUCCCCACACAACAUGUUUGCAUUCGGCCUGUGGGCCAAUAAGGACCACGCAUUUGGUGCGCACCAAAUACAACAACUUCGACAUCUACCUGAAGUCACGUUGGAUGUACGGUUUCAUUCGUUUCUUGCUGUAUUUCAGCUGUAGCCUGUUUACCUCCAUCCUGUGGGUGGCCCUGUCUAUCUUGUUUUGCCUCCAGUACCUCAGCAUCCGGGUCUUUCUGCGUUUUCAGUACAAACUCUCCAUUAUCCUGCUCUUGCUGGGAAGGAGACGGGUGGAAUUUAGCCUCAUGAAUGAGCUACUCAUUUAUGGCAUUCAUGUCACUAUGUUACUGGUGGGGGGAUUAGGCUGGUGCUUCAUGGUCUUUGUUGAUAUGUAAAUAAAACUGGUGUGUGU